CGAAACCGGCCGCGCCUGCGCGCUGAGUGCCAGAAGGCGGUGUUUAAGUCAGCGGGACAACGCGGCCAGUGGCUCCUCAAAGCGAAGCCGGGAGUUUUCGCCACCAUGAGUCGCAGUUAUAAUGAUGAGCUGCAAUUCUUGGAAAAGAUAAAUAAGAACUGCUGGAGAAUCAAGAAGGGCUUCGUGCCCAACAUGCAGGUUGAAGGAGUUUUCUAUGUGAAUGAUUCUCUGGAAAAAUUAAUGUUUGAAGAAUUAAGGAAUGCCUGUCGAGGUGGUGGUGUUGGUGGCUUCCUGCCAGCCAUGAAACAAAUUGGCAAUGUGGCCGCCCUGCCUGGGAUUGUUCAUCGAUCCAUCGGUCUUCCUGAUGUCCAUUCAGGCUAUGGGUUUGCUAUUGGAAAUAUGGCAGCCUUUGAUAUGAAUGACCCUGAAGCAGUGGUAUCCCCAGGUGGUGUCGGAUUUGACAUUAACUGUGGUGUCCGCUUGCUGAGAACCAAUUUAGAUGAAAGUGAUGUUCAGCCUGUGAAAGAGCAACUUGCCCAAGCUAUGUUUGACCACAUUCCUGUGGGAGUGGGGUCAAAAGGUGUCAUCCCAAUGAAUGCCAAAGACUUGGAGGAGGCCUUGGAGAUGGGUGUGGACUGGUCCCUGAGAGAAGGCUAUGCCUGGGCAGAGGACAAGGAGCACUGUGAGGAGUAUGGAAGGAUGCUGCAAGCUGAUCCCAAUAAAGUCUCAGCCAGGGCUAAAAAAAGAGGCCUUCCCCAGUUGGGGACUCUGGGAGCAGGCAACCACUAUGCAGAAAUCCAGGUUGUGGAUGAGAUUUUCAACGAGUAUGCUGCUAAGAAAAUGGGCAUUGACCAUAAGGGACAGGUGUGUGUGAUGAUCCACAGUGGAAGCAGAGGCUUGGGCCACCAAGUUGCCACAGAUGCACUUGUGGCUAUGGAAAAAGCCAUGAAGAGAGACAAGAUUAUAGUCAACGACCGUCAGUUGGCUUGUGCUCGAAUCGCUUCCCCAGAGGGUCAGGACUACCUGAAGGGAAUGGCAGCAGCUGGGAACUAUGCCUGGGUCAACCGCUCUUCCAUGACCUUCUUAACCCGUCAGGCUUUUGCCAAGGUCUUCAACACAACCCCUGAUGACCUGGACCUGCACGUGAUCUAUGAUGUUUCUCACAAUAUCGCUAAAGUAGAACAGCAUGUGGUGGACGGGAAGGAGCGGACUCUCUUAGUACACAGGAAGGGGUCCACCCGAGCCUUCCCUCCUCACCAUCCCCUCAUUGCGGUAGAUUACCAACUUACCGGACAACCAGUGCUCAUUGGUGGCACCAUGGGAACCUGUAGCUAUGUUCUUACUGGUACUGAGCAGGGCAUGACUGAAACCUUUGGAACAACUUGUCAUGGAGCGGGCCGUGCCCUGUCCCGAGCAAAGUCAAGACGUAAUUUAGAUUUCCAGGACGUCCUCGACAAAUUGGCAGACAUGGGAAUUGCAAUCCGUGUCGCCUCACCCAAGCUGGUAAUGGAAGAGGCCCCUGAGUCCUAUAAGAACGUGACGGAUGUGGUGAACACCUGCCAUGAUGCCGGAAUCAGCAAGAAGGCCAUUAAACUGAGGCCAAUUGCUGUAAUCAAAGGAUAGAACCCUGACCACGGCCACCGGACACCACUGACCCUCCCUGAAAUGGAAGUGGACAAAAACACUCUUCAGACAUCAGACUCGAUUCCUGACAGGUUCCAUGGUGUGCAGCUCUAGCUGCCUAUUCCAAAAUGGCUAGUGGGUCAGCUUCCAAUUCUGGAGUCAAUGUUGUAAACUUUCCUUCUGGGAGGAGUCAUGUUGCCCCCACUUGGAAAGAAAUGUAUAUGCUUCCUCCCUGAUUAUCCCACAGAUUUUUAGAAAAAUCUGAUAGGGAGUGAGGCUAAGUCAAGAAACUGCCUUACUCAGUCACACAAGUCUUUCUUCAUCAGAAUGAAGUUCUUUACACCAACCUCUGUUUCCAGCCUGUGAGGUAUUGUGAAGAACAUUCUAUUAAAUAGGAAGAUUUUGGAAUGUCUUUUUCCCUUCUGUCACUUUGUCCACUUAUCCACUCGUAUACCAUCUUAUACCAUCUUGUCCUGCACUGAGCAAAACCCUAAAUACUGUUCUUACUUGGAGCAUACAAAUGGGUCAAAGAAGGAUGUUGAACAGAUGGAUAAUGGGACAAGUUAUAGAGGGGGGAUGUAUGUGGAGGUGUAGGGAUGGGUACCCAAAAGAAAAUAUCUCUUCAUAGACUUGUUACCUUUGUUGUUCUAAAUUUAAGGCAGAGUUUUGACUUACCUGUAGAAAAUGGCAUCAGCUGGUGUCUGUCAUUAAUUAGGCCUGGUCAGAUAGACUUUUCUUGAAUAAUAACUUACAAGGCAGCAUCAGAGAACCCCCACAAAAUACUGAGUAUCUUUACAUUUGCGAUUGAAUUAUUAUAAAACAUCAAAUGGCCACAGCUGUGAUGCUAAUGGUUACUCUGUGUUGACAGGUUGACUAGUCUUGUGCCACCUAAUCAGAUGAGGUGCUAUGUACUAUGACACCCGAAGAUGUUAAAUUUAUAGGGUACUGAGGCCACAGUUGAGUCCAGACACUAAAACGGAAAAGUCUAAUAAAGUUGUAGUAUGUUGUUUAUAUUUCAUGCUUAAUGUUUCAUAGCUUAGGACAGUAUUUCUACUUGAUUCACUUUGGUCAGUGUUGCUGUUUUCUGAUUUUCUCCCUGGUUGCUUUCAGAGAUGCACCUUAAAAUACUCUUUUCUAACACUUAUCCCUCAACUUAUAAUAAAAUCCCCCAUUGGAGUAUCUUCUAAAUGAUAGCUAGAGAAAAGCAGACUUCCUCUGAAAAAAUGUGACAUGAAAUAGCAUGUCUUUACUUUGAGCACUCAGUAACUUAAAUGGGUUUAGAGUUUGAAAGUUACCAAUAAGUUAGUAAUCUUAAUGCAGUAAUUAUAUGCUACUUGUGCCUCUGGGUUGGACCAGUGAUCAUUGUGCACAGGUGAGUUAAGGAUACAGUGGACACUGGAGGGCGUUUGAGGAUGAGAAACAGGCUUCUGGCAGGUGCUAGGUUCUCCUCUCCAGAGAUGAGGCAACGGUGAGUAUCUGUGUGGACUCCCUCUAACUGGGCUUCCCCAGUGAUGUCAUUUAGCAAAGUCUGCUUCCAGAACUGUGAUGUUAGUGCAGGAAAUGCUGCCGAUCAUCCAAGGUACAUAUGUUACAUCCUAUUGGACGCUUUGAAAGUCACUGGGGAGGGGAGAGGGGAGCAAAUAAGGUAGAGAAAUAGAAAUGGUUUGUGCCGUGACAUUUCUGUAUUAUAAGCUUUUCUUAUAUGUAGCAUUUCUCCCAAACUUGGCCCUAUUAAUGACCUUGGGAAGUAAUAGUUAAUAUUUUGAGUUCAAAAAGAAAACUAAACAUUGUUUUCCUUGUUCUAAAGAUGUCAUUUUCUCAUUUCAGGCAAAAGCCGUUUAAAAAUGAAUGUUCAAAGAAAGUUGAAGUAACCAGCUGUUUUUAUUGCUCUAAAUGUUCCCCAUGCCUGGGCACAUGGACACAGCUGGGAAUGCACUUUGAUAAGGGACUGUCUGGUUUCACCAGGCAUGAAAUGAGUCUUAUUACUGUGCACAUCUUUUUCAGGCCUCUAAAGUGAGUAGGUUUAUCAGUAAUAUUUUAAAAAGCACUGACAUUCACACAUUGAUGAUGGACUGUGUCAUUCCUGUCAUCAACAUGUGUCUGCAAAGACCAAUUUAUGAGACAUAAAAUGAGAACGCUCACUAAUUUUCUAAUUUUGUGAAAUGUUUUGUGGAGCAACAAGGAACUGAAGAUUCAAAUAUUGAAGUAAAAUCUUACAGAUCUUAAGAUGCUCCCAUCUUCAUAUAACCUUGAUCUUCAUAUAACGUUUAAAAGCUUACAUACAAGAUAACUUUUUUUUUAGGUUUUCCUAUUUUGUUCUUGCUUUUUUGAAGUAACUUUCUCCUAUUUCUGAAAAUUGCUUUUAGCAUCAUCUGUAUUGCUGAAGUGUUUACAACUCCCUGUGCCUGAUAUUUCAAUACACAACUCGCAUUACCCCUUCUGUCCUUACUUCUCAUUUAUGUCCUUAUUUUUGCAUCUGCUCCAUUGCUUGACUACAUAGGGUUUUCACAUUGUCCAGAGAGCAUGAUCUGGGUCCAUCUGGAUCAGCUGAGUAUGAAGAUGCUAUUAAUUAUUAAUCAAGCACCUUGGAGUGUGCCAGGUUAUUAAUAGUUUCUAAUCUUUAAAGGCUCUUGCUUUGAAACUAAUAUCUGAAAUACCAGUGAUCUGAAGAUAGUGUUUUAAAGAGGGCAUAUCAUAGAGAAGUGAGUAGUGAUUGAAGUUGUACCUUGCAGAUAGAUGUAUAGUAAAUGAAAAAAGUACCAAGCAUAUAGUAGGAACUUUACAUGUUAAAAAUCACCAUUCCUGCUUUGCAGUAUACCCAACAUUUUUACAUAUGGUUUUAGUCCUUAAUGAAUGAGGGAGGGCUAGGCAGGAUUGAUGCCCUUACUCAGCCUUGAAGCAAUUUCAGAAGACUGACCUUCGCCCCUCUGCUUCCCAUUAGAUCUCUGAGGAGGGAAUGAAACUGGAGGGAAGGGGCAUUCCCCUUUAAACAACCAUUAAAAGAAUGACAGCCAUCAGUUCAGUUCAGUUCAGUUCAGCCGCUCAGUCGUGUCCGACUCUUUGCGACCCCAUGAAUCACAGCACGCCAGACCUCCCUGUCCAUCACCAACUCCCGGAGUCUACUCAAACUCAUGUGCAUCGAGUUGGUGAUGCCAUCCAGCCAUCUCAUCCUCUGUUGUCCCCUUCUCCUGCCCCCAAUCCCUCCCAGCAUCAGGGUCUUUUCCAAUGAGUCAGCUCUUCACAUGAGGUGGCCAAAGUAUUGGAAUUUCAGCUUUAGCAUCAGUCCUUUCAGUGAACACCCAGGACUGAUCGGAUGUGACAAAAACUGGUUAGAACCAACUACCAACUAGAUCCAAGAUGGCGAAAGAUUCAACUUCCAGUGGGCCUUGAGCCUCCAUAUAUGCUUAUUGUAAUACAUUAGCAUGUGCAAAAUGACACCCACCAGUGCCAUGACAGUUCCAGGGCCAACCACUGAAAGGCCAAAAGGUGGGCCGUGGCCCAAUUCCUGGACAUCGGCGCCUCUUCCCCAUAAUGGUUGGGAUAAUCCUCCCACUCAUUAGCCUGUGAAAUUACCCAGCCUGCGAAAACUAACCAUUCCAUAUUUCAGGGCCUCUCGGCUUUUCAAAUGGACUGUAUUCUGUCUAUGGAAUGUGCAUCUCUCGUCACCUAUAAAUAAGCCAACAAACAAAUGAGGGAGGGUGGGAGAAAGGAUUAUGUGAGCCAUUCACUUGACUUUAAUUAGGUUUGCCUGGUAGGUAUUAUCCCUUCAUUACAAAUCGGAAUGUAGCCUGAAAGAUGAAGUAGCUUGCUGAAGGGCACCAAAAAUGACAGAUCCAGGCAUAGAGAACUUGGUAUUUUGACUCCCAAGUUUAAUUUUCUUUCUUUGACUGCUCCUAAUGGCUGUUCUGAUUGAGAUUUGUCUAGUCAUUUGAAUCUCACAUAGGGCUGCUUUAGAAUAGUAAAAGAAGAGAUGUUGGUUGAAAAUCAGAGUGAAGAGUCAUUGAAUUACAAAAAUCCUUGCUUUAUUUUUCUUGGCCAUUAUUGCCACCUGAAAACAUAUUUAUGCUUGUUUAUUGACUCUUCCUCUUCCUAAAGUUAAGCUCUGUGUAGGCAACUAGUAAAUAUUUUCUGAUUGAUGAAUGGAUGGAUGUACAGGAUGAAGACCAUCCAUAGACGAUCUACUACCACUGAUCUGUAUGAUACGUUAAUUCUCUAAAUUUUAGUUCUUCAUCUUUAAAAUGAAAGUGACAUGUAAUACAUACCUCGUUGGAUGGUUGUAAAGAUCAAAUGAGAAUAAUACAUAGAAGGGCCAACCUGCUCUCAGGUAGGUCCUCAGGAAAUGUCAGCUGAUGGAGAAUUUCUGUUACUAGGGGUCUUUUAAGAGAGAACAGAUAUGCUUUUGCCUUGCAUGGGUUAAUCCUUUGUUUCACUAAAACUCCUGGGGUUGAAUCAGGUCAUUUCCCAAGGCCCUUUCUAGUCCUGGUGAUUCUGAGAUCUGAUUCCUUCUUCAGAUGUGUUUCUGCUGUCGGGGAUAUAAGAAAUGUCUUCAGUGCCCCUCUCAAGGCUUGCUUUGCAGGCAAAAACCAGUUUGAUUGUCUGGACACACUACUUCUGCCGCUUUUUAAGUUCCAUUUUGACCAUGGUUAAUGACAGUGAGUAACCCAACAAGAAAAGGCUGCUGACAGGUUUGCAGCAAAGGACACAGCUAAAUAGCUACAAACAGAUUAAAAAUCAUUCUCACCACCCAGAGAGCCUGUGCAUAAAAACAAACACAACUCAGCGAUGAUAAUCAAAGAGCUGGGAUUGGUUCUACAGUUUCAUGGACCAAUAAAGCAGCGUCAGGCCCUCUGCCCUCUCCCAGAAGCCUGUCUGCAUGAUGGAUAUGAAAGGGCUGGCAAUGGCUGAAAGCGAAGGGUCAUGAAGUGAUCAUUCUGUGAAGGAUUCCACUGACAUUUCCAUCGAAAGUCUCAUUCCCAAGGUGACAAGUGGGAUUGUUACCCAUUUUGGGAGAAGACAAUGAUAACUUUGGGAGCUUUGAAGAAAACCUUUGUCUAGACAAACAGCUUGGAAAGCUUGUGAAAUGCACCAUCUGAAACGUGGCUGACUUGGUUAUAGCUAGGUAACGCUGACUCAUCCUAUGAAAUACCUUCCCCGACCUGAUGGGACUUUGGUCUCAAAUUCAAUUAAGGUUUAUAGCACCUGAAGUCAGAAGGAUGAGUGUUUAAGUUCAAGUGUCCUGAGUUGAAGGUAUGUUGUUUGGUUGAAGGUAUGUUGUUUGAUUGCUAAGUCAUGCCUCACUCGCAACCCCAUGGACUGAAGCCCACCAGGCUCUUCUGUCCAUGGUAUUUCUCAGGCAAGAAUGCUGGAGUGGGUUGCCAUUUCCUUCUCCAGGAGAUCUUCCUGACCCAAGGAUCGAACCCGCAUAUGCAUUCUCCUGCAUUGCAGGUAGAUUCUUUUUUUACCACUGAGACACCAGGGAAGCCCUUUGAAGUUAUGUUACCCACAGAUCAGAAAUGGCUAGGCUAAAGAAGCAGACCAGCCCAAGGGCAUCUCAAUUCUACUCCCCUCCAAACCCUGUUCCUUUUUCCUAAGUUAUUUUUUCUUCCCCAUCUCCAGAUAUUUCCACAAAGGGAAGAAAAUACUGUUUUUUUCUUUCUCACCAACCCUUGAUACAUUGCAUCUCCUUUAUACUGGUUCCAUAAAAGUUGGUCUCUGUGAGAAUUUUAUUUUUAGCCCUAGAAGCUACAGAGAAAAAAUAAAUUAUUGAGCAUCUGUUA